CUAGGGUGACAGUAUGUUUAAAAAAAAAUAAUAAUAAAUAAUAAUAUUAAAAAAUAAAAUAAAAAUGUAAAAUUUUGGCCAAGAUGUAUGAAGAAAGAUUAUUUAUUUGCAAAAUUUUAUAAGAAAAGCACUUUUUUUCAAAAUGUUUGGACUUUUUCAUUUAUAUAGCAAAAAAAAAAAAAAAACCCCAGUGGUGAAUAAAUACCACCAAAAUAAAGUUUUAUCUGUCUCAAAAAAUGCUAAAAAAAUCAUAUGGGUACAGCAUGGCAUGAACACGCAAUUCUCAUUCAAAGUGUGAUAGCACUGAAAGCUGAAAAUUGGCCUGGGCAGGAAGGGGGUGAAAGUAUCCGGACUCGAAGUG